AUGGUGUGGAGAAAUAAGAAAUAUCAUAAGAAAUGGAGCAGCAAGUUGUCGGACGCAUUCAAAGGCAGAAGAUUACCUGACACAGAUUCAGAAUUACAAGAAAUUGCCUUGGAAGCUUUGAAAGAAGCCGAUAGGAAAGCUGCUUCGAAUUCAAGAAAAGCUAAAGGCCGUCGGGUGACCUCCAACAGAAAGAUUUUGAAAGAAGAGGAGAUCUUGCAGAAUGAACUCAAGAGGCGCGUUGAUUUUUCCGCAUAUCCCCAGGACAUCAUUCCUCUUCAGGAUGAUCCGGAAAUCUGGGAGGCAAUUAAAAGCACGACGGAAAGAGAGUUUGAUACUAUCAAACAAAACAGCGCCAAAAUUUUAAUCGACUGUUUGGAAAGUGUCAAAAGAGGUCUUCACAAUAGACCAUUCUUUAGCAAAGUGUGCCACAUUGCAAGCGACAAAGUCAAUCCCUCAAAGUAG